AUGAUGGUGGUGAUGAUGAUCAUCAUUGAUGGUUUGGGUGUUGUUGUUCUCAUUAUUGAUAGUUUUUGCCACCAUCGAAGAUCCGAGAUCAGGCUCCUUCCCGGUGGCUGUCGGACUUUGGCGGUGGGCGAGGGUGAUUUUGCCUUUUCCGAGGGGCUGUCCGCUUCCCGGAGCUGCACUGGCAGUGCCCCGGAGCUGGUGGUGACCUGUCUGGAGCCCGAGGAGGACAUCAGGAGCCAGUACGCAGAUGCAGACCAGCGCCUGGCGCGCCUGCGUGGUGACGGCGCCAAGGUGAUUUGCGGCGUGGACGCAACGGAGCUGCUGAAAGGACCACUGGUGGACGAAGAGCCCUUUGAACGCAUCGUCUUCAACUUCCCACUUCUGCCGACGAAGGUGCACAAGCCCCGGGCAUCGAGCGCAGACGUGCAGAUCGCAAACCGCGCCAUGCUGGUCGAGUUUCUGCGAGGUGCGGCUACCUUCCUGAGGAAGGAUGGUCUGCUUCUGAUCGCAAACAAGGAUUGCUACCCGUACUCAUGGUGGCGACUGGAGUCUCUGCCGGAAUGGGCUGGUGGCCAGCUCGCUUUCAUGGGCGCCGUUCCGUGGCAGUACACCGAAUACCCUUCUCUCUAUGGCGGACCCUGUAACGUAAAUCGAGAUGCGUCCGUGAAACCUACGGAUGCGACAAUUUUCCUCUAUGCCCACCGGGACAGCGAGAAUUUCAGGCUCGCUCUGGAAGCAGCCUCCUCGUGGAGGUACUGCUGCGACCCUGGACAGUCGAAGCAGGGACCCUUCAGCUUCAGGUGCGAUAUGUGCCAUGUGAGCACCCGGACUGCUGGUGACCUUCAUGCACACGAGGCCGGCAAGAUCCACAAGAAGCGCGCCCACCUCGAACGGCUCUGGCAG